CGGCCUAAUGGACGCCCUCCUCCGAGAUCCCACGGCUGCGCGGAGAGCCAGGCGGAGGGGGGGAGUUUGGGGAGGGGGAAGAGCAGGAGGAGGAGAAAAGGAGGGGGGAGAGACUACAAACUAGCAAGGAUGGGGUGGGGGGUGGGGAGGGAAGGGACGGGGGGGGGGGGGGAGAGAAGCGAUCGCGAGAAAAAAAAAAUGCAACCUCCCAAAAUAAAGAGCAAAGAUUGCAUUAGGAGCGAACAGCGCUGCAGAAAUAGAUGGCAGCUUCGUGUCAGUGAGUUUGCAUCCCCCUUCCUGAUCCACGAGCUGGAGUGAUUAGAGCCCUGGAAGGGAAUUGUUACUCCCGUGGAGAAGUCCCCUUUUCCUGGCAGCGGUCUGCACUUGUACACGCUGGAUGCCUCUCUCCAUCCACCCCACUCACUCUCUCCUCUCUCACCUCCUCUCUUCCUCUCUCCUGCAUUGAUUUUUUUUUUCCUUUUUAGUUGACUGAAACAAAACAAAACAAAAGGGCCACUGGAUGUCUGCCUUCUUGGGGGGUGAGCCAGACAGACUGACAAACAAACAGACCCAACUGUGUUCGGGGGAGGGUUUCUCCUCCCGUUUUGCCCGGCAGCAGCAGCAUGGACGUGUUGGCUAGUUAUAGUAUAUUCCAGGAGCUACAACUUGUCCACGACACCGGCUACUUCUCAGCUUUGCCAUCCCUGGAGGAGACCUGGCAGCAGACAUGCCUUGAAUUGGAACGCUACCUACAGACGGAGCCCAGGAGGAUCUCGGAGACCUUCGGUGAGGACUUGGACUGUUUCCUCCACGCUUCUCCUCCCCCGUGCAUUGAGGAGAGCUUCCGGCGCUUGGACCCGCUGCUGCUCCCCGUGGAAGCCACCAUCUGCGAGAAGAGCUCGGCCGUGGACAUUCUGCUCUCUCGGGACAAGUUGCUCUCUGAGACCUGCCUCAGCCUCCAGCCAACCAGCUCUUCUCUCGACAGCUACACGGCCGUCAACCAGGCCCAGCUCAACGCAGUGACCUCAUUAACGCCCCCCUCGUCCCCUGAGCUCAGCCGCCAUCUGGUCAAAACCUCACAGACUCUCUCAGCCGUGGAUGGCACGGUGACGUUGAAACUGGUGGCCAAGAAGGCUGCGCUCGGCUCAGUAAAGGUGGGAGGGGUGGCGACGGCGGCGGCGGCCGUGGCGGCAGCGGGGACAGUUAAGAGCGGACAGAGCGACAGCGAGCAAGGAGGGGUGGGGGCCGAGGCGUGCCCCGAAAACAAGAAGAGGGUUCACCGCUGUCAGUUUAACGGGUGCCGGAAAGUUUAUACAAAAAGCUCCCACCUAAAGGCCCACCAGAGGACUCACACAGGUGAGAAGCCUUAUAAGUGCUCAUGGGAAGGGUGUGAAUGGCGUUUUGCACGAAGCGAUGAGCUCACGAGGCACUACAGGAAACACACAGGUGCAAAGCCCUUUAAAUGCAACCACUGCGACAGGUGUUUUUCCAGGUCUGACCAUCUUGCCCUCCAUAUGAAGAGACAUAUCUAAAAACCCUAAAGGCCAGAGUUGCCAUGGCGUCGGCCGUUGUCUAAAGGAAAUGCCGUGAGGCAGGGGGCUGGACUUCAGGCGGGGAGCCAUUGCCUCGCAGAAGAAAGUUCUCACGUAUAAACCUCUGUGUACACACGCACACACACACACACACACACACAGACACGCGCUCACAUAGACCCACACACACGCACUGUCAUGCACUCAGCUAUAUUUAAAAUAUAUACGUCUAUUCUUUAUGCCUUGCCCUUGCCAGAUGGUAGAAGACGAAGAAGAAGGAAACCAGGUGAACUGAGCAAGGCAGACUGGCUGCUUACUUCAGCACUAUUGGAAUUAUUUCCCGCUGUUGCCAAUGGAAAUCAAAGAAAAUGGAUGUGACGUCUCUGCAGGUGGACGGCAGUAAGAGGGGCUUAUUUAACUUGCUUCUCAGUGCAACUUGAUAGAGAAUACAACGUCUUAAAGUUGCAUAUGUGUAGCACUGAUGUUUCUUUUUAAAUAGUUGGGGGAAAAUGACCUAGAAAACCAAAUUGCAGUUUGGUAGCCAAAAUUAACUCUUGGUUUAUUUGUCCUUUGUGUGUGAAAAGUCCUACUAUUCCGUGCGUCCGACUUCCUCCCAGAACUGUUGAUCGGUUUUGGUUCUUCUUAGUACUAUUGAGAUCUUUCGAGUCAAUACCAACGGCCUUAGCGGCGGCAGACUCUGGAAUAACACCUUACACCUUUCUGGCCUGCAUUUCUCUAGACUUCACUCUCAAGGGAGGAGUUUUCUUUUCUUACUUUUUGACUCUUGCACACCAUAUGCACUAGGGAUUCUGGAAACUUCUAGCAUGACUGCAAAGUGGCCAAGAGAAUAAAGUCCUUGAUGAUAAAUCACAGUAUAUCCCUUGAGCCUCACCUUAUUGCCAGUGCUAGAUUGUUUCUUUUUAAUCUCUCUGUUUUUGCUAACGAAAACUUGAAAAAGCUUAUUUGGAAGCUUAAAUGUUUUAUCUUUUCUCCAUGGACUAAACCUCUCCAGGACUCUCUCGGCACCUGGAUGUCCAGCUCUCGAAGCAGCCAAUCAGAUGGGACAUCACAGUUCUCUCAUCCCCCUUGAGGCAUCAUGACCUCAGCUCAUAGUGACCAACCCCGUGCUGUGUGUCAUUGCCACCUUAGAACCACUUUCAGCAUAGAUGUCGCUAGUCUCAAAGGGCAGCUGCAUAUUUAGCCUAACUCUGGGUUCUGACCUGACAAAAAGCCAAAAAUAUCACUCUUUCCAGGAGUGGGGAGAAUUGAGGAUGCCUCCCGAGUCUAGUGGCUUCCGAAAACAUCAUCCUAUCUUCCUCUCUCAUACCCACUGAGCUCAUAUUCCCCCACUUGUUAAAACACACAAUUCGAAAUGCCAUUGUGGGAACGAAGGGUGGACAUUUAAGGAAAGGGUCGAGAAGUUUCUCUCAUGGUCUGUCUGAAAGGAGAGACAUAUUUCUAAUUCUUUCUGGCUAGACCCCCCCAUGACUCGUGACCUAGAGCACCCAGGAUCAACAGAGGCCUCACACGUACUCUGCAAGCUGACUCCAAGGGGGCAUACAUUCCUCAUUUUCAGCCCACACACAUCCAAUAUCGGUCUCUAUCUACCCGCAUUCUUAGCUAGCUGGCCCUGGCCUCAACUCCAAAGACUGCCUUUAGGACCAUUAAAUGGCCUAUGCAAGCAAGCGGGGUGGUUAUUAGGACAGAUUGUAUAUUUUGUAUAUUCUGGGACCAUCCCUUCAAGACACGUCUAAAAAAAAAAAACAAAAAUGGCGUUUGGUCCGCACAUGGUUGCUGCUCCCUCAUACCAGCUGGCUCCCCUUCUGCCCUCCUUUGACUGUUUGACUCAUUGACUGUUAAAAUGCCGCCCCAUAUCUAUUUGGGAUGCAACACUGAAGUCUUUAAAAGGAAAUAAUAAUCUAAGCAACACAAAUACAUUUCUGACAGCAACCUUCAAGAUCCUUGGCAUUUGGUUUCUCAGCUUUCUGCAACCUUUGAUUUCACUGAGAUGUUGAAACUAUUCGUCUAAGGGUAAAGGAGCCUCCUUAUCACAAAUGCUAUAACUGCCAGUUGGACACUUGGGCGUUCUGAGGUCUGGCCCUUAAAGUUUUCUUUCUCUUUUUCGUUUUUUUUCGAUGUAGACCAAAAACAAAACAACAGCAACAACAGCAACAACAACAAAAACCAACAACAGCAACAACAACAACAACAA